GGUCUUCGUCGUGUUAGGAUUGCCGCUACAGUGGUGUUCUUUGAGAAAUUUAAAUUCUAUUCCUUUGAAAAAUCAGCUCCCAUGUUUCCCUCUGCGUCGUCGUUUUUACCUAGGUUCCAUGAUGAUGAUGUUGAUGACGUUGGUACCUUGGAUCCGCCCCCUGAUGAUCCUCCCACUCCCCUGCCGCAUUUGCCUCCCACACCCGCAAGCUCGCAUCAUGAUUCUUCGCCAAGCACUACGAGCUCUUCGGUGGACAGUUCAUCUCCAACAUCACCAUCUUCGAGUUCUUCCACCUCGACCCACCAUAGUGAUCAUGGGGCAGCUCCUACGUCCCCUCCACAUGAUGCACAGCAGCUCGGCCCACGCCGUUCCACUCGAGCUAAUCGUGGUCAGCCCCCGCCGCGACUUAAUGAUUAUGUGACUUAUGGGGUCGAUGCUUUCGUAGUCCCGACUCGGUAUAAACAGGCUAAAGGCGAUCCACUAUGGGAUGCAGCUAUGCAGACUGAGAUUGACGCCGUUCAUGCAAAUAAAACGUGGACCGUGGUUGAUCGUCCCCCUCCGGAGGUCCCUGUCAUUGGUUCUCGUUGGUUGUAUGCAAUUAAGAUGACACCGGAGGGCACGAUUGAGCGCCAUAAGGCGCGGAUUGUGGCGCAAGGUUUCUCCCAAGAACAAGGUGUUGCUUUCGACGAGAAAUUUGCCCCUGUUGCUAAAAUGGCCACUGUCCGUACUCUCUUGGCUGUAGCAUCGAUGCGACAAUGGCCGUUAUUCCAGCUGGACGUGAAGAACGCCUUUUUACAUGGGAACUUGAAAGAGGUUGUGUAUUUGGAGAAGCCUCUGGGAUACAACGUCGGUUUACCAGGACAGGUUUUUCUACUUCACAAGUCUCUCUACGGGCUCAAACAGGCACCUUGGGCCUGGUUUGAGAAGUUUCAAUCCACUGUUCUACAGCUCGGGUUGCAUCAGAGUUUGAAUGACCCGUCCUUGUUUGUGAAGUCCUCGUCGGCUGGGUAUGUUGUUCUUCUCUUGUACGUCGAUGAUAUGGUGGUAACUGGGGAUGAUAUCGAGGGUAUUGAUCAUCUCAAGAAGGGUUUGCAGAGUGCUUUUCACUUGAAGGAUUUAGGUGAACUUUCUUACUUUCUCGGCCUCGAGAUCACUCGUGAUCGUCAUGGAAUUAUGCUUAGUCAACGUAAAUACAUUGGCGACUUAUUGAGUGAGCAUCAUUUUGAAGACUGUCUACCGGUAAGCAUCCCGAUGGAGCUUAAUUUGAAGUUGAGUCGUGAGUCUGGUGAUCUACUUUCCGAUGCCACAUCCUAUCGUAGCCUGGUCGACAGUCUUAUAUACUUGGCAGCUACGAGACCAGACAUCUCCUACCCGGUGCAGCUCAUUAGCCAUUUUAUGGCUGCCCCGCGUCGUGAUCAUCUCGCAGCUGCUCACAGGAUUUUGCGUUACCUUCGGGGCACACAGGAUGUCAGUAUGUUUUUCCCUUCUACGGGAUCUCCUGUUCUUCGUGCAUUUUCCGAUCCUGACUUUGCAGGUUGUAUAGACACUCGUCGAUCCACUACGGGUUGGUGUGUUCAGUUCGGUGAGGCAUUUGUGUCUUGGCGAUGUAAAAAGCAAGACAAAGUCUCCAAUUCUUCGACCGAGGCGGAGUAUCGCCCCCUGUCCGAUGUAUGUUCUGAGGUAAUAUGGAUUCGACGCUUGCUAGGUGAUUUUGGUGUGACAUGCACGAUUCCGCUGGAGUUGUUCGUGACUUGGUGCGUGAGGGCACUAUUCGGCUUCACUAUGUUCGUACCGAAGACCAGAUUGCUGACAUCUUCACCAAGCCGUUUACGUCUAGUCGUCAUUGGUAUCUCUCAAGCAAAUUGAUGCUUCGUUCCCGGCAUCAAUUUGGGGGAGGCUGUUAGACGUGUAUUUUUCGGUUUUCAUGGGCCAAUUGUAUGUUGAGUUAUGUGGUUAAUUAGAGGCCCAUGAUUGGUGGCAGCCCAUGCACUAAUGCACUUGUUGUACGUGCAUGUGCUAGGGUUAAUGAGAGGUAUUUAAGCUUAUUGUAUGGCUGUGGGGAGACUUACGAAAACCUAAUACGAAUUCAGCUUGGAGAGUUGAUCUCUCCCGUGGAUUAGUCCUGGAACACCCAGGGAUACCACGUUAAAUUUGUGUGUCAGUUCCUGUGAGUUUGAAUUCAUUCAUUUGCGUACAUCAACACUACUGUUCUCUGGUGAUGUUGCUGCAGAAUAUGUUACAACGGAGUAAAUUAAAGGCUGUUGUUUCAACUUGUUUAAUGUUGCUGCAGAAAAUGUUUUUUUGUAUAAAUAAACUGAAGGCUUGCAUCUGCUUCAGUUUAGGGGAGGAUAUGUUCGAUAAGUGAGUCACGUGAGCAAGCACGAGCUAAGUCCAAGUAGUUAAGUGAUUAGCUUGCAGACUCUUGUGUUUACUGGGUCUGAGUUUGUUAACUAGUAUAGCUAUAUUUGUGGGGUGAGGGUUAGUGGUAAACAUAGAGAUUCCGAGAGUGAUGGGAGUGGGCAGUAAGUGCUCUGUAUAUAUACUUCGAAUUAGUGUUGAAUAAAGGUUGUCAGUUUGCAGCUAUUUGGUUUCUACCGCCUGCUGCUGCAUCAGCAGCCUACAGGCCAUCAAGCGCCUGUCACUUUGACUUUGAGUGGCGGCACCCAGAUAUUAGUAAGGAAGUAAAAUGGGAAAUACGCAUCACUGCAGUAGUCUGCAGUUCCCCUCUGGUAACUGAUCAGUGUAAGGUUUUAAUGGUUGUAUUUUGUUUUUUCAAUAGCGCUAAAACUAAGUGCACUGUCACUCUGUCAGCUACUGUGAAUUAAUGAUUGUGCUGACAGAUUUAUAAGUAUAUAUCGUAGUCACAGAGUGGGGAACAUGAGCUUCUUUGAUAUAUCUCUCAUGGUUAAUGCCAACAAUGAUUCCUCCAAAUGUAUCAAUUGGGCAAAUGCGUCCAUAGUGAUAAGGAUGGAUAUCUCGUAUUCGAAAAUUGACAGUUUGUCCUGUCAAUUUAUCCGGACCCAAAUAACUCAAUUUUCUCCCAUGAACUAUUUGGGUCAAUGGAUUAGUUCGAUCCAAAAACUUGAGAUAAUGGGUGCAAUUCGAAAAAGGAUUCAAAAGUGGUUGUUAAUGAAGUUGAAGAUACCAAAUAUCUCAAUAUCAUAUUUGUUUAGAAGAGAAACAAAAAUUGUGUUUUGAUUAUGGUAUUACAGAAUGGCAAUUACUUACAUACGUUCGUAUCGCCGCAAAAGUUAAAGGGUCAACCAGUCAGAGUUCUUAAUCGUAAGAGAGUUGAAGAUGUAAAUGAAGUGGUUAGGUACCAUACAUAAAUCUAACCCAACAAAUUCGAGUUAUUGGAACCGAUUGGUUUAUGUUAUGGUAUCAAAGCGGGUUGUCUUUGAUUUUUGAGGUCAUAUGUUCAAGUUUUCACGACCUUCCAAUAUUAAUUAUUGUCUUUAAAACACAUGGUAUGAUGAAUAUAUGCAAACUUUAAAUCCAUAAAUUUCCUGUGGUUUAAGUAAUAUACAUAAACCCAACAACUCAAAGCAUAGUAGCAUACCGGCCAUGUAGUGAUUAUUCGAAUAUAAUUUUAUGCUUCCUGAGAGAGAGCCGGGCCCAAGAUCAAUAGCGUAGAGCUUGUGAAUUGAACCGCUGUGGGCUAGAGAUCCAUUCACGAACUUCAGCCUGUAGUGACCAUGACUAUUGGGCCCAUAUAUCACUGAGAUUUACUAUUGCUAAUUGCAUUGAGUUAAGGCGAACACGAUCAUUUCAAGCACCACAAAUACAUUUUAACUAGUAGGUCGAUUAAGAUUCGUUAUUGCACACCUUAAACAAAAACUAAAAUUUAUU